GAGAAAGAGAGAGAGAGAGCGAGCGCGCGGAGGAGAGAGAGAGCGAGAGAGCAAGCGAGGGAGCGAGCGAGCAACCCCAGCCCACUGCCUGCCGGAGGGAGGGGGUCAGGCUCCCCCGGCUUUUAAAAAAAGCGAAUCACCCCAGCUCGGGCGGCCAGCAUGCCUGGGCUCUCGCUGAGAGGCUUUCUUUUGGCGCUCUGCUGGAUUCGAGUCAGGAGCUCCCCUACGCCAGGCUCGGAGGGCGCCAGCCCCGGCCCCGUCCCGGAGUGCCCGUCCUGUGCCCUCAGCAGCCUGCCCAAGGAGCUGCCCAGCUCGCAGCCCGAGAUGGUGGAAGCCGUCAAGAAACACAUCCUAAACAUGCUGCACUUGAAGAAGCGACCCGACGUCAGCCAGCCUGUGCCCAAGGCAGCCCUGCUCAAUGCCAUCAAAAAACUGCAUGUGGGCAAGGUGGGUGAGGACGGGUACGUGGAAAUCGAGGACGACAUCGGGCGCCGGGCCGAGAUGAAUGAGCUCCUGGAGCAAACCUCCGAGAUCAUCACCUUCGCCGAGUCAGGCACUCCCAGGAAGACUCUGCACUUCGAGAUUUCCAAAGAAGGUAGUGACCUCUCUGUGGUGGAGCGUGCUGAAAUAUGGCUGUUCUUAAAAGUCCCCAAGGCUAACCGGACCAGGACCAAAGUGACCAUCCGACUCUACCAGAAUCAGAAGCAAUCCCAGAGCGGCUUGGAUGGGGGAGAUGAGGCUGAGGAGGUGGGCCUCAAGGGUGAAAAGAGCGAGCUAUUGAUAUCCGAAAAGGCAGUUGAUGCCCGCAAGAGCACAUGGCAUAUCUUCCCAGUCUCCAGCAGCAUACAACGCCUAUUGGACCAGGGCAAGAGCUCUCUGGAUGUGCGGAUUGCCUGUGACCAGUGCCAGGAGACAGGUGCCAACCUGGUGCUGUCGGGCAAGAAGAAGAAGAAGGAGGAGGAGGGAGAAGGGAGAAAGAAGGAAGCUGGAGAAGGUGGAGUAGGAGGAGAAGAAGAGAAAGAACAGACCCACAGACCUUUCCUCAUGAUGCAGGCCCGUCAGUCUGAGGACCACCCACACCGCCGCCGCCGCCGUGGCCUGGAGUGUGAUGGCAAGGUCAACAUCUGCUGCAAAAAACAGUUUUUUGUCAGCUUCAAGGACAUUGGUUGGAAUGACUGGAUCAUAGCACCCACAGGCUACCAUGCCAACUACUGUGAGGGAGAGUGCCCCAGUCACAUCGCAGGCACUUCUGGCUCCUCCUUGUCCUUCCACUCCACUGUAAUCAACCACUACCGCAUGAGGGGGCACAGCCCCUUUUCCAACCUCAAGUCCUGUUGCGUGCCCACCAAACUGCGGCCAAUGUCCAUGCUGUACUAUGAUGAUGGCCAGAACAUAAUCAAGAAGGACAUUCAGAACAUGAUAGUGGAGGAGUGCGGCUGCUCCUAAGCCCUCUCCUGCCUGGUGGACAGAGGGGUCCCUGGGGCCAGGGGGUGAUGGACGCACGAGAGGGAGAGAUACAGGAGACGGUGAGAAGGCAACGAAUGGCAAGACACAAGAGCCUCCUUUGCUGUGGAGUUUCUCUGGGAAACUUUGAAAUAAAAUCAAUCGAAGACAUAUGAAGGAAAUCUGCAGAACAUCAUUAGCCUGGGUUCGGAGAAGAAGCAGGUGAAGGAGCUGGGGACUGUGGAGGGGAGGAAGAGGACAGAAUCCCCUUCUUCCCUUCUUCCUGAGGAGAUCAAACUGGCUACUUUGGUGGUGGACAUGCAGCAGUCUGGGCCCCUUGUUCCCUCUCAGCACGAGCCCUGAGGUCAGCUCCCCUAACUUGUCAGUCAUGUGGAACCCCCCCAUUCCCAAGAGCAUCCAGAAAGCCACGGAGUGGAACAUUCCCAGGGAUUUUUGCCCUAAUUUGCCAAGGCCAUAGGGCAUGUCUACAUGCCUGUAUGAUAUAUACAUAUAUAUGUGUAUAUAUGUAUAUACACAUAUAUAUGUAUAGAUCUCUGAGUAAAGUAGUGUAUGUGCACAGUGAGACCCACAUCUAUAUUUGCACACACUGCCUGUGGCAUGAGAGAGCCUGGCAAGAAAAAGAUAAUGUGUUGUGCAGGGGGUCACACCUUUUCUGCAUUACUUUGGAGAGAGAGAGAGAGAGAGAGAGAGAGAGAGAGAGAGAGAGAGAGAGAGAGAGAGAGAGACAAGAAUGUGGGAGAAAUUAGAGAACAAAGGAAGGAAAAAUACCAAGUAACAUUUCGUUAAGGUGCUCAUGAUUCUAGAACUAUGCAACCUAAUUGGUUUGAAACUGUUUACCUGAGAGAGAACAAAAAGAAAGACUUUUUUUUUGUAUUGGAAGUAACAUGAUUAAUUUUUUUUUUUUUGCUUCAAGGAGAGAUACUUGAAAGGAACGCUGUUUGAUCCAAACAGUUCUAUCUUUUGUAAAUGUUGUUGUUAUUGUUGUUUAUUGUUUCCUAUUUGCACUAUGAUGGUGUUUGACCUGUCUAAUCCUUAUUUAACAAGUAUUUUCGGGGGUGGGGGGUGGGAGGUAAAGAGCUGCACUUAAUGUGAGCUAUAGAAGAACCGCUAGCGCACACAAAAUAGCUAUUUUUAUUAUUAUAAUUAUAAUUAUUGUUAUUAUUAUUUUGUACCUUACAAAUGAAUAGACACGUACACCAAAGACAUUUGUGUGAGCCUUUAAACAGUCUGUUUGUGAUGGUGACCAUUCCAAGGUGACGGGUCAGGCUUCUGGAGGAGGGGCUAGGGAGGCCGAUGGGAGCAAGCUCGGAGGAAGGCCUUCCAACUCGAGCUGGCCCCUUGUUAGUACAGCCAGGAAACAGGGGACAUUUCUUGCUGGACGUGCAGUAGUUGUACACUGUUGGAAAUCAGAUUCACGAAACAGUAUAUGUGUGUGCACGCCUGUCCGUCUGUGUGUGUGCAAGUAAUAUGCACUCACAUGUGUGUGCAUGCACAAUACACACAAACAUACAUGCACAAUUGUGUACACAUGCCCCGUGAAUGUGAACACACAUGUGUAUGUAUGCCUACAUUGUAUCAUGUCCACGUAUUUUCAGAACUUCAGGCUGUCAUCUUUAAUGUUCCUAAAAUAAUGAAUGUUUGUGUGCAAAACACAGUAUUUUUAAAGAGGGUGGGAUUUUAUUUUUGCUUUCUCUUUGGAUUGUAUGGGGAUCCAUUGAACGUUUGGAUUGAAACUGAGCUUGAAAUGCCAGUGACUCUUCCAGAAGGCCCUCUCUAAAGUCACAUGGGAUCCCGUGCCUCCUCUUAGCUCCUCUUUCCCCCAGCUGAUCCCCACCUGUCAGCCCCCACAGGUGAAAAUGGGGAAGCUUCUAUAUCUUGAAUCCUUGGUCAGUGGCAGCUUUCAGAUACAAAUAUGCCAUUAGAGACUUGCUGUGAAGGUGCUGGUUCUCUGCAAACAACUGGGCCUUUAGCAACCUGCGAGCCAAUGAUCAAUCACUGGUAUUGGUGGAAGGAUUCCUAUAGAAUUUUCUCUUGGUUAAGCUGUCCAAAAAGUCAUGAUAAGAAGAGAAAAAAUAGUUAGGUGGAGAGAGGGGGGAAA